UUUCCGUCUCUUGUGGUUAACCUGUCAUCAGCGCUGAGUGGGUGGAUUCACGACCACCAGUACAAAAACGCUUUCCCUUCGGACUCACUCUCACUUUCAGCGGUUUUACGCACGUCCCGGUCACAGAGCUCUCCUCCGCAACUCCCUUUGGACAGCCUCAUUCAAACAGCAAUGGCAGUCAUGAUAAGAAACGAGGUUUUCUCCUGUUUUGUGUUCUACGGCGUGCUCCUGGUGAUAAAAAUGUACAUUAUAGCGAUAAUAACGGGACAAGUGAGACUGCGCAAAAAGGCUUUUGCCAACCCCGAGGACGCGCUGAGACACGGAGGUUUACAGUAUCACAGAGAGGAUCCACUUGUGGAAAGAUGCCGGAGAGCUCAUCUUAAUGACUUGGAGAACAUCCUCCCUUUCCUCUUCCUGGGAGCCAUCUACUCCCUGACUGGACCUUCACUGGCUGUGGCCCGCCUUCACUUCCUUGUCUUCUUCGUGGGCCGUCUGCUGCACAGCAUUGCCUACCUGUUCGCCCUACGAGCGCCAACCCGCUCUCUAGCCUACAUCUUCGCACAGAUACCUUGUGUCUCCAUGGCUCUGCAGAUUCUCAUCUCAGUUGCAGCGUAUGCCUGAAUAUCCAGAGAUGAGGCACUGAAGGAGAAGUGGUGCUCUGGCUCAUAAGAUCAAAUACAAUUUGUGGCUCGUGUCAGAAAAAGCAGGAGGACGAUACCGAGAGGCCUCCCGGGAGGGAGAACGUAAAAGACAAGAAUGUCAGUGAGAGUGCAUUGUACUGCAAAGUGUGUGAUUAUGCCAAUGCUGGGUUUUGUGAGAUUUUGUCAGUAUUUUUUUUUUGUUUUAUUUACAAAUGUGAGAAGAGUCUUAAAAGUUAAGUGAAGUUGGCAUCUUGUACUGUACUCAUGUAUUUAAAAUGCAAAUGAAGGUUGUUGCUCGUUUUGUUUUUCUUUAAACCAGGUUUUGUUGAAAUGGACAGUUGUAGACAUUUGGCUCGAGUCACUUGGGAAUAUUUUCCAGCACUGCACAGUAUGUUGAUCCCUGCUCCCCUUUUUGUGUUUACACACAACACAGACCACCUUUCAUGUGGUGGCGUUUCCAUGGUGGCGUCAUUCGUUUCCUGUGCGGAUAUUCAAUCUGUUGUGUUAACAUUUGUUUGCAUAGUACCUUCAACAAAAAACAUAAUGGAUCCCGGCAUGACCGCUGAUGAUGUGUUGGAAGAUUUUAAUACCACUCAGUGAGUUGAUGCCUUUACUGCGAGAGUGCCUUGUAAGGAAGAAGAAGGGACACCUAACACAGAGUUUGGACUGAGAAAUAAAUCUUACGACAACCUGCAGGAAAAGCAAGAACAGAAGGAAAUAGUGGAAGAUGUGCUCUGAUGUGUAAUAUUUAAAUUUUAUCUGUGAAAAUGUAUUUCAGGACUAUUUUUAAAGUAUUCUAAUAAUAAUUUAUUAUUCAGAUUAUUGUAUACAGUGAUGUUUUUGACUCCUUAGGUGCAUUUUUAUAGGAAAUAAAAGAAAUCACAACUAAGCUGACCCAUUCUUUUCUUGAACAUAAUUUGUUAGUUGAGUAAUGUAUCCAUAGAUUUGACUGUUGAGAUCAUUGUUGACUUUGCUUGGUUGUGCAGAGACAGUGUGUUCCAGUAUAAAGGGGAUGGGGCCCCACUUUGUGUGUGUGUGUGUGUGUGUGUGUGUGUGUGUAUGUGUGUAUGUGUGUGUGUGUGUGUGUGUGUGUGUGUGUGUGUGUGUGUGUGUGUGUGUGUGUGUGUGUGUGUGUGAGCGCGAGGUGAUCCAGAAGUCUGUGGCAAAGCUCCAGCAUUCCUCCACCUAUUAUGUAAGACCUUUCGACUGUGCUGUUUUCUCUGUUGUAUUCCAGGAGGCUGGAGGGAGCUGGGAAGCCCUAUAGACCUACUGAAAGACUUGAGGGCACUCGGGCGUGUAUUCAUACUGAACAUGAUUAAAGUACAUGUGGUGUA